GGGGGCUGCACCGCCGCCAGCCCCCCCUUGCCCCGCACCAUGGAGCUGGAGAACAUCGUGGCCAACACCGUCCUGCUGAAGGCCCGCGAAGGAGGUGGCGGCAAGAGGAAAGGCAGGAGCAAGAAGUGGAGGGAGAUCCUGCGGUUCCCCCACAUCAGCCAAUGCCAGGAGCUGCGGAAGGGCUUGGAGCAGGAUUACGGCAGCCUGUGCCAGAGGCAGCCCCUCGGCCGCCUGCUCUUCCGGCAGUUCUGCCAAACGCGCCCGGAGCUCCUGCGCUGCAUCCGCUUCCUGGACGCCGUGGGGGACUACGAGCUCUCCCCGGAUGAGAAGAGGAAGGAGAUGGGGGAAGAGAUCAUCCAGCAGUUCCUCCAGCAGGAGUCCCCAGAUUUCCUGCCUGAGCUUGGCCAGCCCCACGCCAUCCGCUUCCUGCAGGACCUGCAGCAGGGCCCCUGCAAGGAUCUCUUCAGCAGCUGCCUGCAGCCCCUCCAUGAGUACCUGAGUGGGGAGCCCUUUGCUGACUACCGGGACAGCAUGUAUUUCGAUCGGUUCCUGCAGUGGAAGUACUUGGAGAGGCAGUCUGUCACCAAGGACACGUUUCGGCAGUACCGGAUCCUGGGCAAGGGUGGUUUUGGAGAGGUGUGUGCCUGCCAGGUGAGAGCCACGGGGAAGAUGUACGCCUGUAAGAAGCUGGAGAAGAAGCGGAUCAAGAAGCGGAAAGGGGAGGCCAUGGCCCUGAACGAGAAGCAGAUCCUGGAGAAGGUCAACAGCCGCUUCGUGGUGAGCCUGGCCUACGCCUACGAGACGAAGGAUGCGCUCUGUCUGGUGCUGACCAUGAUGAACGGGGGGGACCUCAAGUUCCACAUCUACAACAUGGGCAACCCCGGCUUCGAGGACGAGCGCGUGGUCUUCUACGCGGCCGAGAUCUGCUGUGGGCUCCAGCCUCACCAGGAGGGCAUCGUCUACAGGGACCUGAAGCCGGAGAACAUCCUGCUGGAUGAUGAUGGCCACAUCAGGAUCUCUGACCUGGGCUUGGCCAUCAAGAUCCCCGAGGGUGAGACCAUCCGUGGCCGUGUGGGCACCGUGGGCUACAUGGCCCCGGAGGUGAUCAACAACGAGCGGUACAGCUUCAGCCCUGACUGGUGGGGUCUGGGCUGCCUGGUGUACGAGAUGAUCGAGGGGCAGUCGCCCUUCCGUGCCCGCAAGGAACGGGUGAAGAGGGAGGAGGUGGAGAAGAGGGUGCAGGAGGAGCAGGAGCCCUACUCGGACAAGUUCAGUGAGGAUGCUCGGGCCAUCUGCCAGAUGCUCCUGGCCAAGGACCCCAAGCAGCGUUUGGGCUGUGGGGCCGAGGGGGCAGCUGAGGUGAAGAGCCACCCUUUCUUCAGAACCAUCAACUUCAAACGCCUGGAGGCUGGCAUCAUGACCCCCUCCUUCGUGCCAGACCCCCGGGCAGUUUAUUGCAAGGAUGUUCUGGACAUUGAGCAGUUCUCCACGGUGAAAGGGGUCAACCUGGACCAGACAGACAACGAUUUCUACGCCAAGUUCGCCACCGGCAGCGUCUCCAUCCCUUGGCAGAACGAGAUGAUUGAGACCGAGUGCUUCAAGGACCUCAACGUGUUUGGACCCAGCGGAACCCGCUCCCCAGUGGACUGGCAGCAGCUGCCCGAGCCCCCCAAGCGCAGCCUUCUGCAGAGGCUCUUCCGACGCCAGCCAACUGACUGCACCCCUGGCACCACCAUCCACCCUGCACCCGACCACCGUCAACUCCCACCCACCCACAGCCAACUCUGCCCCGGAUCCUCCUGA